UGUGAGGUGUGACGUAAUCGGCGCCGACAGGGUUGGCAGCCCUGGCCGGCUUGAGUGUAUACAAACAGCAGCUGAGCUGGUUGGUAUCCUGGAUGUUUAUCUCAUUAUCGUCACUAUAUGAAGAUUUAUAGUGAGAAGUUUGACAUGUGAGCCAAUUCUUAGACCGGAAGAAUGUCAUGCAGUACCAACAGCCAAGACCAUGAAGCUCGUGUAAGUUGGAGAAACUGUGCACUUGGUGUCACAGAGCACAAUGUCAGCAGUGCACUACAUGUGCAACAUCCUCACUAUUGUAUGCUCACCCCGAGCAGCUUGUGCAUACUAGCUCACUCCACUUGUUCAAAUAAUGUCAAGUACAGUUCAUCAUUGAUCUGAUUUAUUCCAAAAACAUCAAGUGAGCUGAAGUUGACAAAAGUAGUGUGUAUAUUAAAUGAAAAUGAUUGUUAUUUCUUUAAAAACUCCAGUACUGCAUUGGCUAAUUGAUAGAAAGGCAAGUAAUGCUGGUACUUUUUGUGAAAUUAAUUUGUGAACAUUGUACAUCAGUAGUAACCAAUGUAUUUGUAUAUGUUGUAUUAUGUACUCGGUAAUUCAAAAUCAAAUGCUCUUUGCUGUCACAUAAUUACUUUAUGAGAGGGUAUUUUGUAAUACAGUUCCUGUUUGAUUUCUCCAUCUUUUAUAAUAUAUACACAAGUGUCAUCCAUCUCACUUGUUUAUAAGCAAUAUAUAGUUAAAGACAACUUGAUUAAUUAUAAUCAUUCUUAGGACAGUACAGUAAUAUUGAAUAGCAAUAAGUAAAUAAAUUUAGCAAAUAAUAUACAGUAUCAACAUGUACCAUUUAAGUGAUCAUUUUCUUCAAUUAUUUAAACUUGUUUACCAUGUGUGUGUGUGUGUGAUUAUAUUGUAAAGUAUAAUAUGCAUUGCUCAUAUGCAAUUGUUGCAAGUCUAUAAAAGCCAAACUUUCAGUACAGUACAGGGAAUGUAAACAUUUGAACAGCUUUCACUUCACUCGAAGGAUCCUGUGCUCAGCAUCAAAGAAACAUCAUCAUUGUUCAGUGUUCUGAAACAAAUUUAUAAAAACCAUUAUCUAACAUAAUGUAACGAUAAUGCAUUACAGAAAAUAUUCAUAGUUUAGUUUAUUUAAUUAAGCCUUUGUAUAUUAAUAUACCUUGGUAACAUACAUUAGUCUACAUCUGUAUUGAAGAACACUUGCUUGACUUUAGUGUCCCCAAGUCUUAGAAGUUUUUCCUUGUUUAACAUGAACCAUAUGAUAUGAGAGUACCUUCUCACACUUUUCCUGUACUGUAAUGCAGACAGCUAUUCAUAUAGGAGGAGAUCAUGUGUUUUUAAUAUUUUAAACUUUUGUACUUUAAACAAAUAUUUAAAUUCAUAUGAAAAAGAAGACUUGGUAUUUUAUCUAAGAAAAAUUGCUGUUGAUGUUGAUAGAUUUGAGGAUUACCUUCCCAACAGCCCAAGUGUCUUGUUAAGGAUCUGAAAGUGUGUUCACUAAUGUAAUGCAAAUGUGAUUUCAUGAACAAAAAUAUGCUUUGAUUACACACAAGAACAUUAAAAGUAGGGAUACCAUAUUAUAUUUAGUGUACAUACACAAAUUUUUAUUAAAUAUGUGAGCUGGAAAUCUGAAAAAAUAUAUGAGAGAAACCAAUUCAGUGUUUUUUUUCUUUAGGCAUUUUCUCUCUCUUUUUUUCCAAUUUUUUUCCAGCGCGCACAAAUCUUUUAAGGCCUGCCGUUAUAUGUGAGAGAAACAAUGUAAUAACAAAGUACUGUACAGUAUAUAAAAAUAUGUUCAGAUGCAGGUAUGUCUAAUAAUUAUCACUUAUGAGCAAGAAAAACCUAAUUAAUGCUUAAAUUGAAUAUAAGUCACAUACUGGAAGACACAUGAUAAACUCUCUAGGAAAAACUUUUCAGUGUUCAGAAUAUAAAAAUGACUUUCCGUAUAAAAGAAACUGCUCUGGAAACUAACAAGAACUGUAACAAGAUAGAAAGUGUCAGUGUAUAAAUGACCUUAAUUAAAAUUAAAACUAUUCAGAAUUUCUUGUGAGGGUUUCAAUAGAAGAGAAACUAUAUUCAUUUUAAAUGUUUAAUAAAAUAAUCAGAUAAAUCUUUUUUCUGUUUUCAAGCAAUAAUCCUCAUAGGAAAUAAAUAUAAUCUACAAACAAUGCAAGUCUUAUUGUAACGUGUCAAAAUAAGCCUUCUCUGUUUUUAGUGUUUAAAAACCCUGAGAAUAAUUUAAUGAAUCAUCACACAAUGGCAACUCACACAGAAAAUGAAUCAUAUCAGCAUGAAUUGAGUUUAAAUGACUUUUCAACAAAAUCUGAUUCAAAGUGUUCAAAGUGCUUAGAAGACUUCUCUGAUGAAUCUGAUCUAGUAUCACACAUGAUAACUCACACAGAAGAUAAAACAGAGCAGUGUUUGGAAUGUAUAAAGGGCUUUGCAGAGAAAUCCGAUUUUAUAAGCCACAUGAAUACUCACUCUAGAGACAAACCAUAUCAUUGUUCACUAUGUUUAGAAAGCUUUACAGAUAAAUCUAAUCUAUUAUCACACAUGAGAACCCAUAGAGAAAAGAAACCUUUUCAGUGUUCAAAGUGUUCAGAAGGAUUUUUUGAUGAAUCUCUUCUAAUAUCACACAUGAUAACCCAUACAGGAAAGUUAUAUCAUUGUUCCGAGUGUUUUAAAGACUUCUCACGAAAGUAUGAUUUAUUAUCACACAUGAGAACUCACACAGGAGAGAAACCCCAUCAAUGUCCAGUGUGCUUAAAAUACUUUUCUCACAAAUCUGCUGUAAUAAUACACACAAGAACUCACACAGGUCAGAAACCAUACAAGUGUUCAGAGUGUUUAAAAGGCUUUAAACGAAAAUCUGAUUUAGUAAUUCAUAUGAGAAUUCAUACUGGGGAGAAACCUUAUCAGUGUUCAGUGUGUCCCAAAAGCUUUAUACAAAAAACUACUCUAGUAGCACACAUGCUAACUCAUACAAGAGAGAAACCACAUCAGUGUUCAGUGUGUCUAAAAGUCUUUACAUUAAAACCUAAUCUAGUAAGACACAUGAAACUUCAUACUGGGGAGAAAUCAUAUAAGUGUUCAGUGUGCCUAAAAGAUUUUUCACAAUCUGCUCUAGCAUCUCACAUGAAAAUUCACACUGAAGGGAGACCAUCAGUGUUCAGAGCAUUUAAAAAGACUUUAAAUAUAUAAUCUAUUAUUUUUUGAGAAAUGAAACAGGUUUUAAAUUAAAGAAAUUGUGUUUCUGCAAGACUUGGUAGAAAAAUCUGAUGUGGUGUGACAUAAAAGAACUCUCACUAAAGUGAUGCCAUGAAAAAAUUUAUAAUACUUUAUUAAAAAUUAUUCCAGUAAUGAACGAAAAUUCACACUGGACAGCAAUCACAUCAAUAUUCAGAAUCUUUAAAAUACUUUUGACACAAAUUUGCUUAAGUAUCACACAGGAGAAAAACCUUAUCAGAAUUGUAAAUGUUAAAUAGAAUUUAAUGAAAAUUUAAUAUAAUAAUAAUAAACCACAAAGUCUUCAUACUGGUGUGAAUCCAUUGCAUUGUUCAGAGUGAUGAAAUGUUUGCACAAAAAAUCUACUUCCCUAACAUGUUGGUAUGAACUCAGUUUUUAACUAGUAGACUUUACUAUUCUAGUUAAAAAUUUAGUUUGUGUAUUACUAUAAAUUAUCUAGUAAUAAACAAAUAGCAAUUUACAGGAUAGAGAAAUGUCAUCCGAAUGUUUAAAGAAUAAUUAUUAUUAUUUAUGAAAAAAAGAAUGAUCCUGUAAACAUUUUGAUAUUUCUAAGUACUAUGUAUACAAAAUACUCUUCACAAAAUGAUAUACAGUACUAAAAUCAAAUUCAACAUUGUUAAUUUUACUGCUCUCAGAUUUCAUGGUUUUUUUUUUAACUUCUCUCUUAUUUACAUUUCUUUGUAUAAUGGUCUACUAUGUUCUUAACUGUUCUCUGCAAUCUGCCUCUUGCUUAGGUGCCUUAGGUGUAGAUCAGGUUGGUUCCGAGGAUCAACGUUUCCGCGGCCCAGUCUUUGACCAGGCCUCCUGGUUGGUGGUCUGGUCAACUGGGCUGUUAGAUUCAGUUGCUCACAGCCUGACAUGCGAGUCAUAGCCUGGUUGAUCAGGGAUCCUUUGAAGGUGUUAAGUUCUUCAUUAAACACAGUGAGAGAUUGGCUAGUUAUGAUCCUUAUGUUUAGAGGGAGUGUUGAGCUAACUUGGGCUCUUGAUGUUGAUAUAAUUCUCUCUCAUUACCUAUUGCACCUCUGUUUUUCAUUGGAGCUAUUUUGCACUUCUGCCAUGCCUCCUUGUUUCAUCUGGUGUUAUUUCUGUAUCUCUCCUACCUGCACUUUAAAGAAUUCAGAUUUAACAAUUUUAGGUAGUCUUAACAUUUUCGUUGCCUGGUGCCGCAUAUUCUGUCACGGAACCAAAAUACUAAGUAUGUGGGAUGACGCAACUAGGCGUCAAUAUUUUUUUAAAAAUUUAGAAAUUCUAUUUAUUGUCUGAAUACUAUUCGACUUGUUUUAAAAUGCACACCAACUUCUGCCCAUUCUCUAUAUACCCAAUGUGGCAUCCUGACCCCGCUGUGUGGGCGCCCGCUCACACUGGAGGCUAGCUGUUCUUGUGAUAGCCGUAGCCUUCUCUCGAGUCAAAAAGUUUCCCCAUUCCGGUUAUUUUAUCUCGGGUAUUUGUUGUUAUCGGCUUUAUAAACACUGCAAAUUUACUUCCAGAUGGAUACUGAUCAAGAACAGAACCAAUUCUUGACAAAAGCAUUGAAAGAAAGAGGGGAAAACAUAUUGAGUUUUCAUUGAAAGUAUAGAAAAAGAGAGAUUUAUAUAUGUUCUUACAUGCAAAUAUCCCUUUACAACAUUCUGUUGCGAAUAAUUUGGUAUCAAAUUAAACGACAUAGCACAAAAAUUGAGGUCAGAAAGCUGAAAAGAGUAUAAACAUUUUUGUGUGGUGGCGAGCUCUCUGCCUACCAUGCAAUGCACGGCGGGUCUAAAUUAUUGGGAAUGGGACUUACAUGUUCUUAUUUGCAAACUGUAUCCAUUUGCAGCAUUCUAUUGCAAAGAAUUUGAUACAAAAUUAAACGCGUAGCAUGAAAAUUGAGGUGACAAAGCUGAAACGAGAAUAAACAUUGGAGUGGUAAGCUCUCAGAUAAAGCUCGGGCUACCUUGCAGUGCGUGGCGGGUCCAAAGUAUAGGAAAGAGAACCUUAUAUGUUCUUAUUUACAAAUAUUCCUAUACAGUACGUUAUUCUAUUGCAAUAAUUUGCAAUUUGCAAACAAUUUAAAAUUGAAUGACGUAGCACAAAAAUUGAGGUCGGAAAGCUGAAAAAAAAGAGUACAUUUAUAAACAUUUUUGCAUGGUGGUAAGCUCUUGGCCUACCUUGCAGUGUGCGGUUAGCACCCUCUGAUUAUCCCGCACAUUUGAUGGUGCUACAUAGCCUUCCUGGUUUGGUGCCUUCUUUUGAUAAUUACUUACUGUCUCCACUCGACUAUCCGGACUAUAUGGGAAGGACCCCCAGCCGGAUUAUCACAUGUUCCGGAUAAUAGUACUUUUUCACCUCUGAGUCCAAAAGGGACCAUUUCCGACAAUUUUUAUACCACACGCAUGAUUUGAAAUGACACACUAAUUAGUGUGUCGGGCUGGUGCAUGGGUGGUUAGCUGCCUAGUUGGUAGGUGGGCAGGCAGGGAUAGGUGGGUUCAGGCAGGUGGGUUUUGGAUGAGUGGAUGGCAGGUAGAUGGGCUUGGUGGGUGAACAGGUUCGAGCAGGC